AUGGAGGAAGCUGAAUUGCUGAAGGAAAGAUUCCAGGCCAUAACAGACAAAAGAAAACUGCAAGAAGAAAUUACACAGAAACGUCGAAAAGUAGAAGAGGAAAAACUGAAGCACCAGCACUUAAAAAAAAAGGCCUUGCGAGAAAAAUGGCUUUUGGAUGGCCUUAGUUCUCUCACUCCAAAAGAGCAAGAAGAAAUGCAAAAGCAGAAUCGAGAGGACCAACAACGAACUCAUGAGCUGGAACAAGACAUCUUCAGACUGGAGAAGGAAAUUGAGGCCCUUGAAAAAGAGGAAAUGAAAGUCUCAGCUAAGGAAGAAUCUAUUUUAAAGAAACUUAAGUCAGUUGAGAAAACAACAGAAGACAUAAUAAAGUCAGUGAAGACUGAAAAAGCAGGAGCUGAAGAAGAGGCAGCAGACUACAUAUAUGCCAGCAUACCUGACCUUCCCAAGUAUUUCAGACCUUCUGCACUGAAAAGGGCAGGACAUACUGUCACUGAUGAUGAAGAAAAGAGAAAAGCAUUGUUUGCAAUGGAAAUUAAAGUUGAAAAAGACAUGAAGACAGGAGAAAACACAGUGUUGUCAACAAUACCUCUUCCCUCGAAUGAGUUUACAGAGACAGGUAUUAAAGUCUAUGAUGAUGGUAGGAAGUCAGUCUAUGCAGUGUCCUCAAAUGGCAGCACAACACAAAAUGGGAUGGAUGAACUUGCUCCUGUUGAGGUGGAGGACCUUCUAAGGCAGGCAACUGAAAAAAAUUCCCAGUCUCCCACAGAGUAUCACGAGCCUGUGUUUGCAAACAAGUUUUGCAGACCAGUUACUCCUCAGAAAGACAAAUUAGUCCCCGGACUAAAACUGGAAGACACACAUAGAAGAGAGAUGAAUGGACUCAGUCAGACAGAAUUCUCUCCUAAGGGGGAACACUUCAUGCAGCAACAUAAAGAGAACGGGCUUGGUCUUCCAAAGCCAACACCAAAGUCUCCCUCUCCAGAGCUUUCACAUUCAGAGAAGAAAGCACACACUAAUCCUGAGAACAGAAUGAUACAUAAUGAAAAAAGAAAAGCUGCACAUGAGGAAUUAAAACCUUAUCAGAAUACAAUAGAAAGACAUAAUGAGACAAGGUUUUUACACUCCUACCAUCAUAAUGAAACAUCCCCUGCACCUCAAGAUGAGGAAGAUGUUCAGUACAGGAUCGUCCAAGCUGUACCAUGUUACGUGGAUGACUCAGAACCAGUUACAAUGAUUUUCAUGGGUUAUCAGCGCAUUGAUGACGAUGAUGCAGAAGCAGAUCAAAAGUUGUCAAGAUAUGAUGGGGUUAUCCGCGCAGAAUUAGUUAUUAUUGAUGACGACGAUGAUGACAACAGCAAAUCUGAGAAACCAUCAUAUCAUCCCGUAGGCCAUUAUAGUCAGGUUUAUCAGCCACCAAGCAGAAAAACCACAGAAGUGCCACAGAUGAACCUGAUGAGAAGCCUGGGCUCAAGCCUGAACAAGGCAACCCACAAGAACUCCAUCUCCCUACAAGAACAAGAGGAACGCUUAAGCUCACCUAUGCACCACAUUCAUCUUCAGAGUCAGGUAUCUGGAGACGGUACUGAAGAUCCCUCAUUAACAGCUCUAAGGAUGAGAAUGGCAAAGCUGGGGAAAAAGGUGAUUUAA